AUGAGCCCAAAAUCUACCAUAAGGCUUAUGAGAAUCCUAGGGUCUUCUCUUGCAUCUCUGGCCCAAUCUUCUUGGAGUCUUCUAUCCAAUGCCCUUAGAAGGAGUGGAGGGGUGUUUGAGUGCCGAGAGGAUGUUUUGCGGUGGGCUCGAUCCGUGGUUCAUGAAAACGGAUUUGUGGCGGUGAUUUUAAGGUCGGACACAAACACAGGUAGUAGAGGAAGAAGUACGUUUGUGUUAAUUGGUUGUGAAAUGAGUGGCGAGUAUAAGUGUACGAAAAAAGAAUUUAUCAGAAGAGACACUGAGACUAGGAAAUGUGGGUGCCCCUUCAAGCUUCGUUGCAAGCCAGUGGCUGGAGGAGAAGGCUGGAUGGUGAAGUUGAUUUGUGGAGUGCAUAAUCAUGAAUUGGCCAAGUCAUUAGUUGGACAUCCAUAUGCAGGGCGAUUGACUAAAGUUGAAAAGACACUUAUUGCUGAUAUGACGAAGUCCAUGGUGAAGCCAAGAAACAUUCUGCUAACUCUGAAGGAACACAAUGUCAAUAGCUGUACGACUAUUAAACAGAUAUACAAUGCAAGAAGUGCAUUUCGUUCUUCCAUAAGAGGAAGCGAUCUUGAAAUGCAACAUCUGAUGAAGCUUCUUGAACGUGAUCAAUAUAUUUAUUGGCACAGAAUAAAGGAUGAAGACGUGGUUCGUGAUAUCUUUUGGUGUCACCCUGAUUCAGUGAAGUUAGUCAACGCAUGCAAUUUGGUGUUUUUGAUAGACAACACCUACAAAACAAACCGGUAUAGACUCUCAUUGCUCGAUUUUGUUGGGAUGACACCGACUGGGAUGACAUUCUCUGCCGGUUUUGCAUAUGUGAAGGGUGAACGCGUUAAUAAUUUGGUAUGGGCUUUACAACGCUUUCGAGGCCUUUUUUUAAAGCGUGAUGCCCUCCCUGGAGUUAUUGUCACUAACAGAGACCAAGCAUUGAUGAAUGCAGUGAAAGAUAUUGCUGCUGAAUUUGAGCGUGUUCACUAUGCUGGCAAGAAUCCCUCAAGUUGUGGUUGUGUGGUGAGAACCACGCUUGGUCUUCCUUGUGCUUGUGAGCUAUCCAAAUAUGUUGGUGGUUGCAUCCCACUUGAUUCAAUUCAUAUGUUCUGGAGGAGACUCAGUUUUUCAGACCAAGGGUUAUCUGAGCCCGAGGUGGGCAUCAAGGACGUAAUGAAAACAAUAUACCAAAAAUUCGAAGAACUUGAUGUUUGUGGCAAGUUUACUUUAAGAAGUAAACUUUGGGAAAUUGCAUACCCUGAUCAGAAUUCGAUGUGUCCUCCUCCAGCAAAGGUUAACACAAAGUGGGCACCGAAGAAAACUACGAGUAGGAACCCAAGGUCAACAAAGCGCGAUCCAUCUUACUGGGAGUAUGUAGAUGCCUUUGAAUCAAAACAAAAUAGCAAUUCGUCCGUGAGACGUACUGCAUCAUCCUCUGAGCAACCGAUUCGAAGAACGAUGAUGCCCAUGUUGGACCAGUUUCAGCCAUUUAUGCACGACUUCAUUGAUAAGAUUGUUGAUGUCAAAGGUGAUGGUAACUGUGGAUAUCGGUCGGUUGCCGAUUUAUUAGGUGACAACGGAUAA